CAUGGCCACCUUCACCAUGGAGCUGCCGCUCGCUCCCUCCGUGGGUGCUGAGCCGAUGAUGCUUGGUUCCCCAACUUCUCCAAAGCCAAGCGCUGGAGCUCAGUUCCUUCCUGGAUUUUUGAUGGGUGACUUGCCAACUCCAGUGACGCCACAGCCUCGCUCUUUAACUGGCUCUUCAGUUGGGGUAAUGGAAAUGAGGCCUCCUUUGCUUGCUGGUGGUUCUCCUCCACAGCCAGUCGUUCCAACGCACAAAGAUAAAGGGGGCGCUCCACCAGUUAGAAGUAUAUAUGAUGAAGUAGCUAGCCCAGGUCUUGGAUCCACACCCUUAACUUCAAGAAGACCUGCCGGCUUUUCGGUAACACAGAGUCCAGUGGCUGGAUCUAUGCCGACAACCCCUGGCACAGUUUCAGGUGUAUUCAGUCCAGCAAGUCUUGCACAACCCAGGAAGACAACAAUGUCUCCAGCUCAACUAGAUCCAUUCUACACCCAAGGGGAUUCCUUAACGUCAGAGGAUCAUCUUGACGACACUUGGGUAACAGUGUUUGGAUUUCCUCAAGGAUCUGCUUCAUACAUCCUGCUACAGUUUGCUCAGUAUGGAAACAUAUUGAAGCAUGUGAUGUCCAACACGGGGAACUGGAUGCAUAUCCAUUACCAGUCGAAAUUGCAGGCCCGGAAAGCCUUGAGCAAAGAUGGAAGGAUUUUUGGCGAAUCCAUCAUGAUUGGAGUGAAACCUUGUAUAGAUAAAAGCGUGAUGGAGGGUACGGAAAGAGGUGCCGUGUCAUCCCUGCCUUCAGUCUUCACGCCACCAAUGAAAACGCUUGGUACCCCUGUGCAGCCUUCAAGUGCUCAAAGGAUUUCUACAAUGAGACCUCUUGCGACAGCCUAUAAGGCUUCAACUAGUGACUAUCAGGUGAUUUCUGACAGACAGACUCCUAGGAAAGAUGAAAGCAUCGUCUCCAAAGCUAUGGAGUACAUGUUUGGCUGGUAG